UGAAUUUCCUUAUUCACAGACCUUGGCGUAAGCAUGUUAGAACUCGAAGUGAUCCAUCAGGCACGGCUGUCUGGCUGUAGCCCGGGUCUGAAAAGGGAUAGCUUGGCGCGAAGGGGUGGAUGAUGAUCACAACUGAGAUGGCAUGAAACAUUGUGCUUUCUGUGGAGCCCUAAGAGAUAUCCACAGUGUAAUAGACGACGUAUCCUUACGCUUGAUAACAAUAUCAACAAUACGAAACGUGUCUAUCAUGACAACAGCGACCACCGACUCACGGCGAUACCAUCACUCUAUCCUGUCCGAGACUCGAGUACCAUACAAGGGUACCUUCUAUCCUCGCGCCGACGUAGCACGGAGUUAAAAGAACCUGGAUGGAAAACUUGUUGAUUUCAGUAGCGCGCUGAUAUCUCCACACUGGUG